AUGAACUUGAGAGGAGUCAACUACCGUACUAAAAUUGGAAAUUGUUCCUGUGUACCAAAAAUGAACAAAGCGUACCUCGAUACAAGAAAACUCACUGGAGGAUGCGUGGCCUAUGCUGCCCACAAUUGUCCACUCAACUUCAUGUACGUGAUGGCGAGCCACAAAUGUUACAGUUACCAGGCAGAUGCCAUGAACGAUUGGCUCGAUUCGAGAAAGUUAUGCAAUGAACUGUCCAACUCACACCCUGUUACAAUCGAUGAUAACAUCGAAAAAUUGAUUCUGACAAGAUUGUAUCAAACAUAUCAAUAUUUCACAUCAUCCUGGACUGCCGGACGUAAAAGGACCAUCAACGGCACAUCAUCAACUUGGAUCUUGGAACCCUACCAAGGCGUAAUAAAAUAUUAUCUUUAUUCUCACGUUAAUCUCGAACCGUUUCGUUUACAAGCUAUCAGGAAAAAAAAGGGUAGAAAUCGAGACAGAAGCAAAGACAUAAAAAUUAACAUAGAUUAA